CUUGUUGAAACCCGGGACCUCACCUGCUUAAUGUAAAAUACGGUUCUGCCCGUAUAAACUGUAGCUUAUUCUAAUUCUAGCAGUCCUAAACAAAGAAAAUACUCCCUCAGUGUACCACUGCUCGACGACAUAACCUGGAAUACUACCUGAGGAAUUAUAGCUUCUUACUAAUGUCCCAAGUUUUGGAGGAUUUUUUCACCGAUGGCCUUUUCCAGCUUUGUCAAGGUUUUUUACAAGCCGCAAGGGUGCUUCGGUUAAAUUGGAUUUUGUGUUUCUGGAUCAACUGCAGUCCUCCAAGUCUAUUUAUUAAGUUUAAAGCAAUAGAAUGAUGUCCUUGGCUGUUUCUGGAUUUCUGGUUUUAUUUGGCAUAGAUUUUUUUUACCAUAUUUUCGUUACAUUUUCUUCUCUUAAACCCCAUUAAGGUUUCGAUUUAAAAAAAAAAAAAGAUAUUAAACAUUCAAGACAGUGUAUUUAUCUCGGGAAUCGUAAAAAAAUUUCCGCUGCGCGUCAUAUUUUUAACUCUCUUCUCGUUGCUUGGAAAUGUGGUAAAACACAGUGUGUAGUGGAUUACUGCGUAUACGGCUACAGAUAUUCUAUUGCUUUUGAUAUUCUCCUCGCCUGCUAUUUUGAAUUGUAGGGAUGUCUCAUAACCGGCUGUCAUAAUGGUGGCGUUUGUGUAGCUGACGAGAUGAAACAAACAUUUUCAUGUUUGUGCCAGGUACCGUGGGCUGGAGCAAAAUGUGACAUUAAAAUCGAUGCCUCCUCGUGCGACGAGGCCCAAAUGAAAGUCAACCGGAUGUUACAAAAUGGAGAAUAUCUGUUAACAAUUGGAAGCUUGUCAUUAAAGGUGUACUGUCACAUGACAGAUGAUGGUAAAGGAUGGACUCUGAUCGCCCGAUUCUCAAAUAGUGACAUAAGAAGGUGGAUGUUUGACUCCGGACGCUUCUGGUGCUUCAAGAUUAAUGCCCUUGGAAACACAACUAGUCCGUCGAUAAACGCUGACAUGAUCUCUACCGCAUUUUGGUUCGUCAGCGGCAGAGAGUUUAAGAUCACGCGUAGUGAUGACCCCAAUCACACUCCUCUGUUACAGACCACAGGUACCUGUUUGGCUGGACAAACAUUCCGAUCAAAAAUCACAAGUUAUGGCGACUUUACAGAUGGCAAA